AUGGAGUAUGUAUAUGGAUUGAUAAUGCAUGUAGAUUGAAAUAAUGUGAAGAUUUGACAACAAAUACAGAUACAUUUAAUAAAUGUUUUAAUUAAUUAAGUCCUAUGCAUUGUUCUAGUAAUGGUACAAAAUGUAUCAGUCUAUCUUCUUGUUAAUAUUAUAAUGAGAAAUCUUGUAUUAUAGGUACAGAUGGACCUUGCAUUUACAAAUUACCUUUUGAUAAGAAAUCAGGUUAAAUCUCUUGCAGACUUAAAUAAUGUUAAGAUGUAAUUGGUAAAACUUUGGAUGUAUGUUUGUCUGCUUUUGAUUCUUCAUAUAAAAAAUGUGUCUCGAAUGGAUCCAUAUGUGUUGAUUUUAAUAAUUGUUCAUCAUAUACUACUAAAAUUGCAUGUGCUUCAGGAGGUCUAGAUGGAUAAUGUGCUUUCACACCUAUAGCAUCAUAGUCUAAUGAUGGAAUCUGUAAACUAUUUACAUAAUGUUCAGAUGCAAAUAGUGACAAAGAUACUUGUCUAUCUAAUUCAAAAUACUGUUAAUGGAUUUCAUCAGGUGUAACUAAACAAUGUAUUCCACAUACUUGUCUCACUUAUAAUUCUAAAAAGGAUUGUCUUCCUGUUCCCAGUUAUGAUUAAAAAUCCUUCCUUUUAUGUGCUAAAAUAAAUAAUAUCUGUUAAGAAGUCUAACCAACAACAUUAACCAUGGAAACAUGUUACAUAAAUAGUGCUUAAACAUAUAUUUGGAAUACAUCCACAUCCAAAUGUGUUUAAUGUAAAAUUAAAACUGAUAAUAAUGUUGCCCCAAAUUCCUAAGUAUCCACAAAGUCAUCGGUUUUGCUAUUUACCUUAGCAAUCCUAUUCAAUUUAUAUUUCUGA